AUGGCUGUCCGCAACCCCUUGUCCCGCUCGUCCCCCCUUACCGCGCCUUUAAUUCCGUCCCCACGCCGCGUGAUUCACAUACCUCGUGUUCUCUCUCGGCUCGGAUUGGCUCUCGCCGCGGUUGUUCUUCUAAUCGCGGGGAUCCACUUCUCUCCCUCUCCCCUCCCUUUCCCCCCUGUGCCCCUAUUUCCCCCCCUGCGCUUUCCCCCUCCUCUCCCCCUCCGCCUUCCCCUCCCUGUCUCAGGCGCGUUUGGCAUCGCAGCCCACUACGCCGAUUACCCAGUGCUUCUGAGUCGGCCAAUCAGGCAGCGCCUCGCGAUCGUUGAGCCAAUCACGCGCGAGCUGUCGCUCCGGGAGCUUCCCGUACCUGGCGACCCGUACUCCCACGACCCUCUGGCUUCGGUGCCGUUCCUGGCUUACACGCCCGGGACGAAGGGGAGGAGGAGCAGGGGAGGAAGGGGAGAGGGGAGAGGAGGAGGAGGAGGAGGAGGAGGAGGAGGAGGAGGAGGAGGAGGAGGAGGAGGAGGAGGAGGAGGAGGAGGAGGAGGAGGAGGUAGAGGAGGAGGAGGAGGAGGAGGAGGAGGAGAAGGAGGCGAUGAGGAAGGGGGAAGUGUGAGGGGACCUGUCAUAUAUGCCAACUAUGGAACAGAGGAGGAUUUCCAGAUGCUGAUUGAUCUGCUGCGAGAGGGAGGGAGCGGGAAAGGAGGGGAAGGAGGAGGGGGAGGAGGAGAGGGGGAAGGAGGAGAGGGGAGGGGUAAAGGGGGGGUGGAGAGGGGAGGAGGCGCGGGAGGAGGUGGAGGGGGAGGCGAAGGGGCAUGUGCAGGAGCGAUAGUGCUGAUGCGAUAUGGGAAGAUCUACAGAGGAGACAAGGUGCGCAAUGCAGCAGCGUGUGGCGCCAAGGCAGCAAUAAUCUACUCCGACCCAGCAGACUACGGCAGCACCACUCUCUACCCCUCUGGCCCGGGCCUGCCACCCUCUGGCGCCCAGCGCGGCUCAAUCUACGAGUCUCUCGGCGACCCACAGACGCCAGGCUGGCCCUCCCGCCCGGGCGGCGAGCGCUUGUCCUUAUCCGAGGUGGCCGGCAGCCUGCCGCCCAUCCCCGCCCUGCCGCUGUCGUACGGGCAGGCGAAUUAUAUCCUGGAGCUGCUUGGGGGUGCUUUUGCCCCAGAAGAAUGGAUUGGGGAUAUCGAAGGGUUGGAGUAUCGUGUUGGACCGGGUCCUGUAGUGGUGGAGAUGGAAAUAGAGGUGAACGACACCGUUACUAGCAUUCGCAACGUGAUUGGGUCGAUCAAGGGCCAAUCGGAACCUCACAGAUACGUGCUGGUGGGGAACCACAGGGACGCAUACGUGCUGGUGGGUAACCACAGGGAUGCGUGGGUGUUUGGCGCUGCAGACCCCAACAGUGGCACGGCAUGCAUGCUCGAGAUGGCACGCGCGUUUGGGUCAUUGCUGGCUGCUGGGUGGCGCCCUGCGCGCUCCAUCGUUUUUGGCUCGUGGGAUGCAGAGGAGUUUGGACUGAUUGGGUCAACCGAGUGGGUGGAGGACAACGCCCCGCUGCUCUCCUCUCGCGCUGUCGCUUACAUAAACGUCGACACCGCCGUGUCUGGCGCUGGUUUUCAUGCUGCUGCCACUCCACAGCUGGAUGACGUCAUCAGAGAGGUUGCUGAGCUGGUGGAGGAUCCAGACAAGCAAGGCCAGUCGGUGUAUGCCUCGUGGGCUGAGAGGACCAACCGCACUGUGCCCUAUCUUGGCAGGCUGGGCGGCGGCGGCAGCGACUAUGCUCCGUUCCUGCAGCACCUUGGGAUUGCCGCCGCUGACCUGCACUUUGGGGAAGACUACCCCAUGUAUCACAGCCUGUACGACAACUACCACUACAUGACAACCGUCCUGGAUCCUCUUUUCGCCCGCCACCGCGCCUCAGCCCAGCUGUGGGGUGCUCUUACUCUGCGCCUGGCAGGAGACGCAGCGCUCCCUUUCAACUUCUCCACAUACGCCCUCAGGCUCAAGGUGCGUGUGCGUUCUCCCUUCACCCGCCAUCGUGCCACAGCCCAGCUGUGGGGGUCCCUUGUGACUUUUCAGUCGACUCAAAAGUCACUUUGUGCCACAGCCCAGCUGUGGGAGUCCCUUGCCCUGCGCCUAGCAGGAGACGCGGCUCUCCCUUUCAACUACUCCACUUACGCCCUCAGGCUCAAGGUGGGUCGCAAGCCCAUACGUCUCAAAACCCUGCUCUCAUGCACCCAUCACACCCCGCAUUUACCCCCCCCUCUGCCUUCCCCCGGAUUACACCAACGAGCUGGAGGCCUCGUUACUUUGAGACGCCUUAAGAACCCAUCUCAACCUGCAUUCACACCUCCCUCCUUUCCCCAGGAUUACACCAACGAGCUCCAGGCCUCGUUACAGUCACACGCAGCGCAGCAGCACGUGUCUCUGGAUGCUAUCUGGAACGCCAUUGGCCAGCUUGAGACGGCAGUGACAGAGAUCACCAAUCAGAGAGCAGAAGCUAUUGCAGCAGGAGAAGCAGCAGGAGAAGCAGUAGGAGAAGCAGCAGGAGAAGCAGCAGGAGAAGCAGUAGGAGAAGCAGCAGGAGAAGCAGCAGGAGAAGCAGUAGGAGAAGGAAAGCGAGCGGGAGGAGUUGAAUCAGGAGUAGGCGGAGGAGGGGGAGAAGGAGAAGGAGGAGUGGCAUUGGCACAGCGCAGAUUGAUGAGCGUAUCCCCCAGCGUGCAUCUUGACAUGCCUCUUCCUCUUCUUCUGAGGGACAUCAAUGACCGACUCAUGCUGGCUGAGCGCGGCUUCCUGGAAGCUGCUGGGCUCGGGCCCGGCUACACGUGGUACCGGCACAUGGUGAGUAUGUGGAGUGGUGAUGAGGGGUGA